UAGAUUUACAUAUAAGGAUGAAGAUUAAUAUGUGGUCAUAUAAAAUUCAAGCUGAUAGGUAACUUCGGUAUUGUUUUUGAUUCGGGUGGCUUUUAUUUGUUGGAGCUAUUAUGGCCCCUAACGCAGGAGCUGAGAAGGCCUUUAGCUUUAUGAUGGACUUGGGAAUUUCUAAGGAGGAGGUGAAGCCAGUGUUGAUAAAGCUGUUAAGAGUUUAUGAAGGAAAUUGGGAACUAAUUGAAGACGACAAUUAUCGGACACUUUUAGAAGCGUACUUUGAUUUUGAGAAAGAGCAGGUAAUUGAAGGUGAGAGAAAACCUAAUGCCAGUGGUCAUGGCCAAAUAUCAACAGGGGAACCAUUCUUGGUAGAUGGUGAUGACCGUGUUUUACCAAUCAUGGACAGCUCAAGCAAAAAGUUAAGUGCAGAAGUCAAAAAGUCAUCCUCAAAGAAAAACAUUAAGCCAUCUCAAACAUUCACAGAAGAUGAUAGGCCCCAAACCAGUUCACAAGCAUUGCAUUCAACGAUGAGUGAGGCCAAAAAGACCUCUAAUUUACCCCGUGGAUCAGCUAAGGACAGUUCACAAACAUCUGCACGGCACCGUGGCCAGAUCGAGAUGAACCCUGUGAAGCCAAGGGCUAAAAAACCCAAAUUAGUUUUUUCGACGAAUCAUAAUGCAGGAGAUCUUUGUGUUAAACCUCCGUCAAAUCAGGAUCAGGAUUUGCAAAGUAAAAAUCUUGUACCAGCCUGCAUCAAUAAUACCCGUGCUUAUAAUGGAAAUAUUACAAUCGCUAGUUCUUCACGUCUUGAAGAAGUUAAAUUAUCUUUGAAUUGUGAGUCAGCCUUGGCAGGACUAAACUUCCGUAUUCCUGAUUUGGAUAUUGCUAUGAAGUUCAUGGAUAGGAAGUACCUUAGCUCAAGCAAGACUGCUGACCCUCAAUUUUCUACGGCAAAGCUAUUGAAUGAUCUUUGUAGCAUUUUUCUUAAGCUGGGGCUUCGAAAGGGGUCAAAUUCCAACCUAGCCAAUACACAUACAGAAUACGCUAGUCUAGAAGAAAGGAAACCCUUUAAUUUUAUCAGUGACAUGACAAAAGGUUCUGAAAAGGUGAAAAUAUCGUUAAUAGAUGAAUUUGGCGGUGAAGCCUUGCCAAAGUUUAAUUACAUACCAUGCAAUAUAAUAUAUCAAAGUGCUACUGUAAAUAUUUCUUUGGCCCGGAUUUCGGAUGAGGGUUGCUGUUCUGAUUGUUCAGGCGACUGUCUUUCUUCAUCAUUACCAUGUGCGUGUGCUCGGGAAACUGGUGGAGAGUUUGCGUACACUCCUCAAGGUUUGUUGAAAGACGAAUUUCUAACUGCUUGCGCGACUAUGAAGACUGAUCCUAAAGAUCAUCAUUUUGUGUACUGUCAAGAGUGCCCUUUGGAGAAGUCAAAGAAUGAGUACAUGCCUGAACGAUGCAAGGGACAUAUGGUAAGGAAAUUUAUAAAGGAAUGUUGGAGGAAAUGCGGAUGUGACAUGCUUUGUGGGAAUAGGAUAGUGCAACGAGGUAUUGCAUGCAAAUUGCAGGUGUUCUUAACUCGAGAAGGUAAAGGAUGGGGCCUUAGAACGUUAGAAGAUUUGCCAAAAGGAACUUUUGUAUGUGAAUAUAUUGGAGAGAUAUUAACCAAUAUGGAGUUAUACGAUAGGAUAGUGCACGAGAGUGGGAAUGACAGACAUACAUAUCCUGUAACUCUUGAUGCGGACUGGGGCUCAGAAAAGGGGUUAAAGGAUGAGGAGGCACUAUGUUUAGAUGCAACAUAUAAUGGAAAUGUAGGAAGGUUCAUCAAUCAUAGAUGCUAUGAUGCAAAUCUCAUAGACAUUCCCGUUGAAAUAGAGAGUCCAGAUCACCAUUAUUAUCAUCUUGCCUUCUUUACCAAUAGAAAUGUAAGUGCGUAUGAGGAAUUGACAUGGGAUUAUGGUAUUGAUUUUGAUGAUAAAGAUCAUCCUAUUAAAGCAUUUCGGUGUUCUUGUGGAAGCGCCUUCUGCCAUGAUAAGAAACAAAAAGGGAAAGGAAAAAUAAAAAAAUCAGGUUCUUGACAUAUUCUCUUCAUUGACUCCUGCGAAGCAAACCAUGAUGAACUUGGUGCCGUGGAUCAACAUGGGUGAGGUGGCUAGAUGCACAAAUGAGAAUAGUUUUCACUUUUAUUUGUAUGCAAAUCUGAUUUUGAAUUCUGUUAUUCUUUUGUAACAGCUUUAGUUUUAAGAUUUGUAGUUUGAAAUGUAAUAAAUUCAUUUAGUACAAAUUUAAAAUAUUUAAAAAA